AUGGGAUGUGGUACAAGUUUUGUGAAAUAUGUGCUGUUUUUCUUCAACUUGCUUGUUGCGCUCUUGGGCCUGGCUAUGAUAGGCAUAGGAGUGGCAUUCCAACUAAACUGGACAGUCGUCAAGGAUGAAAUUAAGUCUCACCUAACGGUCGCACCAUGGGUAUUCAUUAUAAUCGGCGCAGUAAUGUUCGUGAUAGCCUUCUUCGGUUGCUGCGGAGCAAUACGGGAAAGUCACUGCAUGGUUGUCACGUACGCCAUCUUCCUUCUCGUCAUCAUUAUCGUGCAAGUUGUGAUCGCUGUCCUUCUCUUCACAUACGGAGACACUAUUAAGCAAGGUUUGAUGAGGUCUGUGAAGACGGUCUUCGAUAAACGCUCCAGUUCUGAUGUUGACAAGGCCACAGAGACCGUUAUCAACAAUAUUCAACAACAGUUCGAAUGCUGUGGCUACAGUAGCCCUCAGUACUACGGUUUGAAAUCAAUUGUUUCGUUGCCCGACUCCUGCUGCAGCGCCAUCGGACCCUAUGGCACCUUGAUUGGAGGCAAGUGCACUAUGGAAAGUGCAAACCCUGGCUGCGAGGGUAAGAUCGCAGACUUCUACGACAAAUGGGACAAGCCUAUUGCUGGUGCUGCUAUUGGUGUUGCCUGUGUUGAGGUGGUCGGCGCAUUGUUCGCGUUGUGUCUCGCAAAUUCCAUAAGAAAUAUGGACAGAAGCUACGCCUAA